AUGUGUGUUUUCAUUCUUAAAUUUAAAAAUCCAAACAAACAGAGAUGGAGACACAGAUUGUGGACAAGCAAUAGUCCAUGUCCAUCUGAUGUGCCACAACUUGAUUUGGGGAAACUGGUAGAUUCAGAUGAUGAGGAUGAUCCUACAGGUUUUCCUCUAAGUACAGUUCAUAUUAAUUUUGAAGCACCAUGUUUAUCCUCAGUUAUUAGUUGGGGCAUAUGCUUGUCUUCCACUCUUUAUCUUUCAAAUGCCCAGAAAAUAAUAACAGAAAAUUUGCCGUCUCUAACCCAGAAAUAUAAGCAGAAAUAUCAGCAAUAUCAUAUAGAAAUGAAAGAAGGAUAUAAGCGUUAUAGUCAGAUAAAUUCAGAGAAGAAUCAACUAAAUAUUUCAUGGCAGCAGUCUCCAAAGAUUGAGUUACAUUUAAUUAUUAAUCAAUCUGCUUUGUUUUUCAGAGCAGUCAUCAAUGACUCAGAAUAAAAUUCAAUAAUUGGUAACCAAAAGGUUCCUUAUCUUUCUCUUUUCCUUGACAAAUCAUCUCUAUGUUUUAGAAAAUGAACAGUACAUGAAACAAAUAUUAAAACCCAUUCAACAUUAACUGAAAAUAUACUUUCAAACAAUUUGCAAUUUGAUGCUCGUAUUUUGUCAAGGAAUGGACAUGGUGCUUGCAGAGAAUUGAUGGGAUUCUUCUUUGUACAUGAAAAGUCACUCACAAUUUAUGAGUAUCAACAAUUUGGCAGCAGUAGAACAAAUCCACUUUCCUUUAUUCAUAAAGGCAUUUAUAGUCAUCAGUAUGGACGAAGAAAAGGCAAACAGUAUGAACUUCAAGACUUCUAUGUUGGUACUAAUUUGACAUUUUUGAGUUCUGAUCAUCUUAGUUUUCCAAAAAGCAUAAAAGACAAUGCAUUAAUUAUUCUUAGAAUCACAUAUGUUGAUCAAUUAACUUUGGACAGUCUCAGAAAAUAAUUUGUAGAAAAUGGAAAUGUUGAACAGGAAGAGAGUGACAGAAGUAUCUUCACGAAUCUAUUAAAAGAGAAAUUACAUCAAAGUGUUGUUUGUAUUUUAACAGGAUUAGGAAAAUACUUCCAGCAUUUGGACAAGAAAGGGAAUGGUCUUCUAUGUAAAAUGGAUUUUAAACAGGCCCUGAAAUUUUUUUCAGUUAGAAUGAAUCCUGAAAAGGAUUUUGAGGAUUUGUGGUUAAUUCUGAAUAUCAGUGGUAAUGGCCAAGUUAAUUGUGGAGAAUUCAAAUGUGCCAUUUUUGGUGAAAUGAAUGAAUACAGAAAAACAUUUCUUCGAAAAGCCUAUAUGAAAUUAGAUUUCACCAAAACUGGCAGUGUGAGCAUUAUAGAUAUCAAAAACUGCUAUUGUGCAAAGAGACACACUCAUGUGAUAUCAGAUUCUCCAUUGGGCUAUCUCUUGAGAAAUAAGAACAAAUUUGGCUUAAAAGACUCAAAAUCGAAAAGGCUUGUCUAUUUUUGUAAUUCUAUCUGGCCUCACUAUAAGUUAGACAAUCAUGAGGCAUGGCCAAUUAAUGGCUCUAUCAAUUUCACCACUAUUAGAGAAUUGGACUUGUUUUUCAAGAAACAAGAGAAAUGGAUGGAAAUUCCUUAUGUCCAGGCCUUCAUGGCCCUUUCCGAGAAUCCUAAAUCACGGUUAAUUUGCAGGAUGUUGCUGGCUAAGUUUGUUGUGGAGGAAAUAGAGAAAGAAGCUGAUCCUCUGAAUGAUUCUCUCCUUCCUACUUCUUUGGAGGUGCAGGGAGCAUCUGCCCCUCCUUGUGGCCCUCCACAGGUUGCUCCUAAAUCGCCUCCAAAGCCACCUCCUUAUCAGACGGAGGACCCAGGAUCCCACACUAUCCGACCUUUCCUUCCUUCCCCUCCCCCAGAGCUGGACUCUGGGGCUGAGGCUUCUGCAUUGUUUAGCCCUUCUUGGAUGAGAAGAGGCACUCCCUUCUCUUGA